UCAUACUCUGCGUUGCACAAAACGGGUUCAACACACAAGAUGCCCGUCAAUAUUCCUAAACACAUUCUGCCCUAUCUAGAGAGACAUCCUCUACAAGCAGGCCCACUUCUCACUUCCGUCAAAGAUCUUUCACUUUCUGUGGGAUGGACGGAUAUGCGUAUAGUGUCUUUGACUGGAGACGCCUCGGAAUGGACAGUGAUUAUUGGCCGCAAACGGAAAGAAGAUCCUCUUCGUGCUGCUCUCCCUCUCCCUAUACACACAACUUCCCUCCGCCCAUCAGCCUUGCGCGCAAUCUUCAAAGCACUCGAGUCGUUCGACUACGACUCGCUACCGCCGGUGAUGCCGCCCUUUGCGCCCACUCUGGAUGAGAUGCGGGAAACCCUCGGGGUACAGCUGCCUGUGGACGGAGAAUUAGUAGGCGAGGGAACAGGGGCUGAUGGAGCGGUGAAAACGGAGGCAGGGGCCGCGAAGGAUAAUAAAGAGUUUGAUAAGGAGACGCUGUAUACUGCUAUAGUGACCGGUGAUUCCACGGUGGUGUACUACAAGAUUGCCAAGGGGAUCAAGAAGCCGCACGAUAUACCAGACGAGUAGAGUUUUGCACCAGCCGAGAAGAGAUCAUAGGUCGAUAUGUUGUAUGAAUCUGUAAGACAUGAGGUGAAGGGGCAAGCAAGCGGAUCAUCGUGAUCGCGAUCAUUGUCUGCCUUCCUUGGUGCACCCCCGCUUCUUCAGGCGGAACAUGCGAAGAAGGACAAACGAGAAGACCCCUCCCAUGCUGUCCACGCCACGAG